UGAGUCCAGCUGCUCCUGAAACUUCACAUCGCGAGUCCCAGCAGGAGAGACCAUGAGAAACAUCACAGAGGCUUUCCUGACGCUUCCACACUGAAGGACCACGCGGUGAACUGGUCUCCCUCCGACCUGGGACAGUCACUCAGCUGAAGGAAACGUCCAAGACCUGUUUGACACCAUGUUGAAGAAACUUCAGAGGGACAAAGACAAGGCGUUUAAGCAUAUAGCCCCUGGUUUGAUCCCUGCUGCCUCUAUUGCUCCUAAACCUGCUGUGCCUCGUACCCCACCCCCCCGCAGUCCAGACCCCUCACCUGAGAGACCCAGAUCAGCUUUAGCUGCAGCCAUCUUGUCUUCUUCGCUCACUGGACAGCCCUGGGCCAUCCCUCUUGCCGGACCAAGGACUUUCUCUGAGAGUGACCAUUCAGAGUCUUUAAUUUCUGAACCACACAUUAGCACAGCAAUUUACACCAGGGACAGAUGGUCAGAGACAGAUUUGCCUGUUAGGCGACACUUGUCCUCCUCUGAUCACUCAGACAGGGAGCUGGAAGACAAGGAAGAGGAUGAGGAUGACAAUGAGGAAGAGGAUGAGGAGGAGGAGGAGAAGGAGAAGGAUGAAGAGGACAGAGAAGACCAUAUUUACCAAACACUUGAUAGAGGGGACACUUGUUCAGUCACAGAACCUGUUUAUGCUGUGCCACUAAAACCAAAGACCAGAACGUCUCAGCCAGCUCAGAUGUCUGGCAGACGACUGCCUGCUCCAGAUUUCACUGAGGAAACCAGUGUCCAGUCUCCUGAGGCCAGCUGUGAUUCCUCUAAGAAGAAAAUCAGGAGGAGCUCCUGCAGACAGAAAGAAGAUGAACAAGCUGUGCCACCCAUCCUAACCACUGACCUCCCCAGCCAAGCCAAAAGCCAAAAACACCCCACCCAGCCAUCUCCAGAGCCCAGCAGGGCACACGGUGGGGUGCAGAGCGAGGCAGCACCAGCCCUGCCAAGGGAAGCGAGAGUGUCAGAUGAACAAAAGCUAAUGGAGAAGAGACUGCUACGCCUGGAACAGCAGAUCAGUCACAGCCAAGCUUCCUCAACCCUGAGGUCAUCUGCAGGCAGUCAGGCAGAGCUGCAGAAUGCGAGGCAACAUGCUCAGGAGCUGGUGGAUGAAAAUGAUGCUCUCAAAUUGACAGUUCACCGUUUGAAUGUGGAGCUGAGCUGCUACCAAACCCGCUUCAGACCGUUGUCCAAACAGGAGAGCUCCAAAAUCAGUGGCUUACCAAAAACAGGCUCUCCGCCUCCCUGGCUGCUCGAUAUGAAGUAUUUGUCUCCCCUACUGCUGGCAUACGAAGACAGGAUGAAUGAGAAAGAUGAACUUCUGCAAACCACAGAGGAAGAGGUAAAGAGGUUGCGUGUUCAUGUGGAGGAGGUGAUCAAAGAAAAUGAGAAACUCCAUGAUAAAAUUGCAAAGAUCGGAGAGGUCAACCAGAAGGACUGUCAUCAGCUACAACAACAGGCCUUUUUGGUGCUACAAGAGAACCAGGUUUUGAUUGAUCAGCUUGAGGCGCAGCACGUUAAGGCCAAGGCCAACCACAGCAGACACCACUCUGAAGUGUCCAAGGUGUCUAAGCAGCUGAUGAUGUUAGAGGCAGAAAAUCAACGUUCCCAGGAGGAACUGAAAGAGAGCAGGAGGGAGGCGCAGAAAAAUACAAGGCAGGUCCAAGUCCUGCAGGCCCGCCUGAAGGAUGCUGUCACCUGGGACGAACACUGCAGCAUUGCUGGGAAACUCAGAGGGCAGCUGGAGCAGCAGGAGAACAGCAGCAAGAGCACGAUGGACGAGCUGCUUCUGCGUGUGUCCAGUCUGCAGGAAGAGAGCAGGAGUCUGGCUCUGGACAAAGCCAACUUGGGCGCUGAUAUAAAGAGGAUGGAGGCUGAGCUGGAGCUCUGCAGACAAGACAAUAGGAAGGCUGGGCGGAGGAUGUGUGUAUUGAAACUGCAAAAGGAAGAGUGUGUUUUAAAGGCGGAACAGACUCGGCAGUAUCUCGGAGCUGUCAUGUCUCUGGCGGACCACAUUUCCCAGGAGAGGGACCAACUACAACACAUGGCUUCAGACCUUCAACAGGAAAAGCAGCACUUCAUCAGCAGAAUUCUGAAUGGCACAGUUCGAUUUGGAAAACUGCGGGAAGAUGUCAAAGUGUACCGGAGGCAGGCGUCAACCAGACUGGCAGCGUUGGAGGAGGCAGCAGAGGGGAGGACGGCGUCUCACCGGAGGGAGAUCCUUCACCUGCAAAGGCUGCUGAGAGAAAGACAGGAGGCUGAGGAGAGACUGCUGCAGUCCAAACGAGAAGUCGAGGAGGAGCUGGAGGUGGUGUGGCAGGCAGCAAUCAGGGAAAACCAGCAGAUGAAGGAGACUCUCUCGGACUCGAGACUCACCGAGGACAUCAACAGUUUUCUUGUUUCCACCAGAGACUCUCCUGCCUGGCCUCCUCCGGCUGCAGUUGAGAACACCGCUCCCACCCGCCGUCAACCUCACAGUUUUGGUUCCCCCCUCUUCUCCUCUGACCGAAGCCCUGCGCUCCAGAGAAGGUCUCUAUUCAGAUCUGACUCGGACCACCCAAACGACUCCAUAGAUGAAAAGCACAAGCUUGGGCUGGAUUUCUAUUGCUAAAACUGUUGGAGGUGUCUCUGUUCAUUUAUAUCCUAUCAAACAUUGAAAGAAUUAAAUGGAAAAUUAAAAUUAUUCAACAUUACAGCUCAGGGUUGAUAGUUUGGCCAAAAUAUACCUGGCACUGGUCUGGGUAGGC